CAGAGGCUGCUGGGCAUGCUCAGUGGGCAGGACCCGUUAGAGUGGCGAGUAAGGAAGCGUUGGCUCUUCUCCGGGUCUGCCUUCCCCGGUUCAGGCCCCGGCCCUGGGCUUUUGUGUGCGCGGAGCUGCAGCCGCCGCUGUCUCCCAGCGGGGCCGCCCGACCCCAGAUGCCGUGUGGCCUGUCCGGUGUCCGCCGUUAACCUCGCCGUGCGGCCGGAGGAGGAGCGGGGCGGGGCGGGGCCGGCGGGCCGGCAGCCGGGCGGGCAGGAGGGCCCCGCCGGGGGUGGGGGCGGCACAGGCACCAAGAUGUCCAACCGAGUGGUCUGCCGGGAAGCCAGUCACGCCGGGAGCUGGUACACAGCCUCAGGACCGCAACUGAAUGCACAGCUAGAAGGUUGGCUUUCACAAGUACAGUCCACAAAAAGACCUGCUAGAGCCAUUAUUGCACCCCAUGCAGGGUAUACGUACUGUGGGUCUUGUGCUGCUCAUGCUUACAAACAAGUGGAUCCAUCUAUUACCCGGAGAAUUUUCAUCCUUGGGCCUUCUCAUCAUGUGCCCCUUUCUCGAUGUGCACUUUCCAGUGUGGAUAUAUAUAGGACACCUCUGUAUGACCUUCGUAUUGACCAAAAGAUUUACGGAGAACUGUGGAAGACAGGAAUGUUUGAACGAAUGUCUCUGCAGACAGAUGAAGAUGAACACAGUAUUGAAAUGCAUUUGCCUUAUACAGCUAAAGCCAUGGAAAGCCAUAAGGAUGAGUUUACCAUUAUUCCUGUGUUGGUUGGAGCUCUGAGUGAGUCAAAAGAACAGGAAUUCGGAAAACUCUUCAGUAAAUAUCUAGCGGAUCCUAGUAAUCUCUUUGUGGUUUCUUCUGAUUUCUGCCAUUGGGGUCAAAGGUUCCGUUACAGUUACUAUGAUGAAUCCCAGGGGGAGAUUUAUAGAUCCAUUGAACAUCUAGAUAAAAUGGGUAUGAGUAUUAUAGAACAAUUAGACCCUGUAUCUUUUAGCAAUUACUUGAAGAAAUACCAUAAUACUAUAUGUGGAAGACAUCCCAUUGGGGUGUUAUUAAAUGCUAUCACAGAGCUGCAAAAGAAUGGAAUGAAUAUGAGCUUUUCCUUUUUGAAUUAUGCCCAGUCAAGCCAGUGUCGAAACUGGCAAGACAGUUCAGUGAGUUAUGCAGCUGGAGCACUCACGGUUCACUGAAGCUCUGAAUCCUCAGGGAUGCCACCUGCACAUACUCAUACUCUGUCCAGGGUCCCAGCCUAACCCUUACCAAGAUACUGGUCCUGGUUUGGGGGGAUUCUGAAACCUCAAACUAAUAGAACUUUCUUCUCUUCUUUUCUAGUAGGUGUAGUCCUUCCUUAAUUUCAACUCAUUAAAAAAAUGCUUUAUAGUUUAGAGCAGUGGAAGGAAGGCUGGCAUCAAAAUAUUUUGAUCAAAAAAAAAAAGGCAAUGUAAAGGCACAGUUGUGGCAGUCAGUUUUUUGAAAGUAACUUGUAAAGCAUUUACCAUAUCCUAAAUUUGCACUCUUUGCAGACUUGUGCACAUAUACUCCGCUUUCAGAAUAGUUUUGCAAAUUGUACACAAACAAACAAAAAGGGUGGAAGCUUUUUAAUAAAGAAAUUGCAUUUAUAAAUGAUCUGUAUUAGAAUAUAAAAAUCUCCAGUUAUAGUCAAUUACUACCCGUGUUGUACAACAGAUACCUUCUAUUUUAGUUGCUAAUAAAGGGCUACACAACUCAAAA